GAGGAGGUGGCAAAGCUCUUCAGUGGCUUGCAAAAGGCACUGCGAGACGCCGAAGCAGACAUCAAGGAUUUGGCACACUCCCAGCAGGCCAAGUUGGACAAAGCUGUCUCCGAGGUUGACCAAUGCAAAGAGGAUGCCGAAAAGCAGCGUGACAGGAUUGAGGCAGCCCACGAAGAAGCGCGGAGAGCACACCAGGCGCAGCUGGAUGUGGAGGAGAAAUUGGAGCAACAGGUCGAGAAGUUCAACAAGAAACGAGAUCAGAACCGGAAGCUGAUGGAACACAUCAGGGAGUUGGAAUCGGAGAUCGACCAGCUCCAGACACAGCUGGAGGAGGCCCGUUUGGGACCUAAGGCCGACGAGGAGGAUGGCAAGGAAGAUGCCAAGGAGCCACCCUUGCGGAGAAAGAAGAACAAGGCAACUUUGAAGCCCAAAAAGACCGUGUCGCCCGAGUGUGUGGACUUGGAGGCUGAAGACAAAGACGAUGAGAAGGACGAGGAGGACGCUUCGGAGGCAGAUGGAGAGGAAGCUCGCCGGGAGUCGGCCAGUCCAAGCCCUGAGGCCAACAAAGAACGUGCUGAACGGAGUCCGGUGAAGGAGAGAUCGCGUCGGCGAUCUGCCAGCCGUGCAAAGCGCGACCAGAGCCAGGCCGACCGUUCACGGGAGCCCCGACGUGCGUCUGCAAGCCGCGAGAAGCGCGACAAGAGCCCGGCUGAGCGUCGUAGGAGCGGCGUCCCAGCGAAAUGGAGCGGCCGGAGAGCUCCAAGUAACGAGGGGAGGUCGACAAGCCGCAAACGGGACCGCAGCGGCAAUCGAGACCGCAGCGGCAAUCGAGACCGCAGUGGUCAGGAUCGCGACAGAUCCCGGGAAGCUCGCCGACGGCAGUCGCGCAGCCGCGAGAAGCGCCGCAGCCCGCAGGCCGACCGAUCCCGCGAGCGCGAGCGCCGACGUUCUUCGCACAGCCGUGAUGGAAACAGAGACCGCAGCCAGGGGAACCGAUCCCGAGAUGCACGUCGACGGUGCUGA